GGGGCGACGGCAGAUCGCCGGGCCAUGCCGCAGCGCAGCACCCUGCUCCACUUGGUCGCCGGAGGAUGUGGUGGCACAGCUGGAGCCAUCCUGACGUGCCCCUUGGAAGUGGUGAAGACACGCCUACAGUCAUCCCAAUUGAUGCUUCGGCCUGUAUGCCUCCCUGAGAUACAGAUGUCGGGUACGAGUGUGAGGCUGAUGCACUCAGCCCCAUCAUCCCCUGGAAUGCUCAAGUUGCUGAGGACCAUACUUGAGAAGGAAGGCAUGCGAUCUCUGUUCCGAGGCCUGGGCCCAAACCUUGUUGGGGUUGCUCCUUCACGGGCUAUCUAUUUUGCUGCCUAUUCUGGAGUUAAGGAGAAGCUCAAUGCUGUUCUUGUACCAGAGUCCAAGAAAGUACAUAUGCUGUCAGCAGCCUGUGCAGGAGUUACCUCUGCCACGCUCACUAACCCUAUCUGGUUGGUGAAAACCAGGAUGCAACUGGAAGCCAGGGUGAAGGGGGAGCUGGGUGGUAAUGCCCUCCAAUGUGCCAUGCGUGUAUACCACACUGAAGGCUUGCGUGGGUUUUACCGUGGAAUCAGUGCCUCCUAUGCUGGAGUAUCAGAGACCAUCAUACACUUUGUCAUAUAUGAAGCACUAAAACAGCAGCUGAGGAACAGCUGUCAUUCCCUAUCCCCACCACUCAGACUUUCACCAAACAGCCAUGACUUCUUUGAACUAAUGGGAGCUGCUGCUGUCUCCAAGACAUGUGCUUCAUGCAUUGCAUAUCCACAUGAGGUCAUUCGGACACGAUUGCGAGAAGAAGGGUCCCGGUACCGUUCCUUUAUACAGACUCUGCAACUUGUGGUCCAUGAAGAGGGACCCCUGGCUUUAUAUCGAGGGCUUCUGGCCCAUUUGAUCCGCCAGAUCCCCAACACAGCUAUUAUGAUGGCUACUUAUGAACUCAUUGUUUGUUUGGCCUCCUCCACCUUGUAAGCACACUGCAGCACUAGGCUGAGGCUGCUGGACCUCAGAGGCCUCAUGCUCUGGAGACUGGUCCUUUUCCAUGUUCUGAGAGUUGGUGCUUUCCAGUACAUAACAGGACUAGGACUAUGUCUGCAAUAUCAGGCAUAGCAUUCUCAGGAGUUUAUUUUGUGUGAAACUUUCAGCUCCAGCGUGCACAAUGUAGCCCUUCUUUCUGAAGCACUGGAAGAGUUCAAAUCUCCAAAGUGUUGGUGCACUGGUUUGACAGUGCCUACUGUUAGCUCUGUACAAAGCAAGGGUAUGGAACUUAAGGAGGGGGAAGGAAGACAAAGGAGAAAGUAUGUGGGUGUCAGCCUCAGAAUCUUCACUUCAUUUGGAUCCAGGAACACCCAUAAGAGGGCACAGCUGGACUUGAAGACAGGGACUAGAGUGGAGACAUCUAUGAGAAAUGAGGUGAGACCUUUCAUGCUCUCAGAGGUGCUCUUACUGUACUGCCCUCUAAAGAUGACUCUUCCACCUUGACUGUCCACAAAGGUCUUAUUGCAGAAUCUUCCUUUGGGUCCUUAGUACAGUGUAGCCAUGGGCCCUAGUAAAUGUCAGGCAGCUGAGUAGUUACACAGCCUCUUCCUUUUGCUCGAUCUGAUGAAUUGGACCAAGUAGAUUAAGGGAAGAAACACAACCUGCUAUGAAGCACUACCUUAAUAGUUCAUGCUACUGAGCUUGUAGCCUUGUGUUGCUUACAUCUGUUGUUCUUGCACCUCCUCCUUACCUGAGCAACAGAAAGAGGAUGACAACUGCUUCCCUCAGAAGUGCUGGGGCCACUAUGCUGCAGGUUGGAAUCUUUGGUAUGAAAUACACUUUUAUGCUGGUAAAGGAAGUGGAUCUAGAGAAAAGGUGAAUGAAGCAGAGGAUUUGACCUGUUUUUACUGAUGACAUACUACACCUAUGAAAAGAGCCUUAUUUUUUCUAUAAUCAAAGAAUAUACUUUGCUACCUGUGUUAAA